ACUGGCCCCCGCAGACCUCUGUCGGAUUCCUUCAUCGUCCAAGUCCCCCGCGACUGGUCUCCCGCGAACAGUCCCGAGAACCCCGCGUGCAGCUCGUCGACGAAGCCUAGAGCCAUGUCGUGGACGGGUGUUCACGAGUGGCUUGACGGCCAAGGCCAGGGGGAAAUGGCCGACCCGCGUACCUUCCGUGAAGGGAUUCCCGGGUCGAAUACGGCCUCGGCCUUCGAGUCGGCGCCUUCUUCGUCCACAGACAGUCCCACGUCCGAGGCUACAGAUGCCACCAUGGGCCAGACAUCGGGCGGAGCAAAGGGAGGGCCACAGAGCCAGGAGCAAAAUCGUCCAAAGUCGGAGGACCAAGGGGCGUCAGGGUCCAAUAACACCUCUGGCGCCGGUAGACAGGGAACUGAUACCGGUGCGGGCGAACAAAGGCCACCGCCGAGAAGACGACCGAAAAAGAGACACCAACCUCUCACGGGUUGGUUCAACCUUUGGCUUGAGUGACCGCCCUCCCGAGGGUGGUCUCCAAGAUAAAGAAAGAACAUCUCACUGUCUAUGAGAAAAACAUCAAGUUACUAGAAGGACAGGGACAAACGAAUGGUCCGACGGGGUAUUACAGAAAAGAAAAAGGACGAGGAAAAGAGAAAGGACAUCAAAAGUAAUUGGGAAUCGGUAACUUCUUCUUUUUUUCCUUUUUUUCUUCUUUUUCUUUCACGACAGACUUGAUACCCGGCAUGACGAGAUGGACGACGAUUACACACUGCAUGAGCGUCGGCAUGGCUACUCGCUGGACCAGACCUCACCGCGGACUUCACCAAGAGAACCAACCCACAUGCAGAGGACGAUAGAUGUACGCAGAGAGACCUGAGCGGAAAAGCCCAUGGUACCUAUUUUAAUAUAUACAGUGGGAGC